GAUGCCAAAUCACAACCAAGUGUUCAGUUUCCAAAAUAUUUAAUUAAGCUUCCUGUAAACCACCAUAUCACAAAUGUAACCGCUUAUCUUACGGUGCCACAGCAAUUUUUGAAAGUGGACCAUUUCCUCUAUACAACAGGAGUUCUUUUAAACAAGUCAGGUUUCAGAACUAUUGAAUUAACCCCUCUUGCUGCAAUAUGUGUAAACCUAUUUUCAGCUGGGAAAGAACUGAAAGUGGAAGGCCCUAUUCAAGUUACAUUGCCUCUUUUGCCAAGAAGUGGUCUGAGAGCAGGAGAUCCUAUCCCAGCAUGGACCUUUGACAUGAAAACUGGUGCUUGGGUAAAUCGUGGGUUGGGCAUGGUAAAGGAUGCAGGUGAUCACCUGGUAUGGACAUACACUGCUCCAAGUCUGGGCUAUUGGAUAGCAGCCCCAUUGCCUGGAACUAGAGACUCCCUCAUUACAACAGUUACUAAGGAUAUAACUGCAUACCACACAGUGUUCCUUACAGCCAUAUUGGGAGGCACCGUUGUCAUUAUCUUCGGGUUCUUUAUUGUACUCCUUUGCUACUGCAGGGAUAAAUGCGGUCAGUCAAAAAAGAGAAGGAAAAAUACGACUAAGCUGGACAUCUUAAAAAAGGACCAGACAACCUCAACAACUCACAUAAAUCACCUUGACGUUGCCAAAGUGGCGCUGAAGCCAGAGGACAAAUCUCUUUUGUAUUCACCCAGGUUAGCACCUUAUAGCCCCCAGAGAGGAGCUUCUGCAGAAGGUGAAGAGAGGAAAGGCCAUGACAGUUUUAAAAUCUACACAGAAGGUGCUUUGUACCAGUCCUCCAGCAAGAAUACUCACUGCAGGAGCUCACCCCAGCCUUUGGAACCUAACAUGGGAGUAAGGCAUUUGCAGCCAACCAAACACAUCGGUGGAAGCAUUUCCCCUUCUAGAGACUUGCAAGGACAGAACCAAUAUCUCCCUAUAAAUGAGGAAAUAUAUGGUCUCUCUCCCCUCCCAGAACAAUUAAUGCAUCUUUAUAGCCAACCUAUUGCUAUCCUUCAAACAUCUGACCUUUUCCACUCCCCAGAGCAGUUGCACGCAGCCAAGUCAGCUACUUUGCCAAGAAAAGGACAGUUAGUCUACAGUCCAAUGAUGGAGCCGAUGAGUCGGGAAAGUUAUACCCAGACGCUACCCAAAAUGCCGGCGCACUCUCACCUGCAAGCGCCAACGUCCAGAGAUGCAGCGGCUGCGUUAGACAGGCAGCAGAGCUUGUCGCCCCAAGCUGCGAAUUGGGGGCGCUACACCAAUAGCUUGCUAGAGUCGGUUUCUGUCCCAGGAACGCUAAACGAAGCCGUGGUGAUGACACCGUUUUCAUCAGAACUUCAAGGCAUUUCAGAGCAAACCUUACUCGAGCUGUCCAAAGGCAAACAGUCUCCGCACCCAAGGGCAUGGUUUGUGUCGUUGGAUGGCAAGCCAAUCGCUCAAGUGAGGCAUUCGUUCAUCGACCUCAAGAAGGGCAGGAAGACUGAGAGUAACGAUACCAGCUUGGAUUCUGGUGUGGAUAUGAACGAGCAUAAUCCCAGUCGGAAACUGGAGAGGGAGAAAACCUUCAUUAAAAGCAUGCAACAACAUUCGAAGAUCCUUUACCUGGAAGACUUGGACCUGAGCGGCAGCGAGAGUGGGACCACCGUUUGCACCCCUGAGGAUCAGGCUGUGAAACAUAUGCUCGGUGGAGGGAGCGAUCCAGUCAUAGAGCAGCACACGGAAGAAGUGUCUAGGAGGAGAAGCACAGCAGAAGAGGAUGCGGCCAGCCCUCCUCCAGCUAAGAAGCUGGGAAGGCCACCUCUAACCAAGAGAGAAAGCAAAGCCAACAUCUGGAAGAAGAGAGAAGAGAGACCACUCAUUCCAAUCAAUUAAACUUACAAUCAUGCCUGCCUUUUGGUCUGUACGGUGCGUCAUAGCCUUUCUCCUCUCUUUGCUUUUUAUUUGUAAACCUGCAGUGUUCAACCUGAAUCAGGUAAAGUUGCAUUUUUUUAAAGUGCAGAGCAGAUCACACGUUCAUAAGGGUGUGAUGGGAUAUUUCUUGGAAAGCAGCUCUCCUUGCUUUGAGCGAAGCGUCAGGUGGUGUUGUUUCAAUGU